UAAAAGGAAUUUUGAGCCGUUGUGAAUCAUGCCUGAACCAGCGAAGUCCGCGCCCGCCCCGAAGAAGGGCUCCAAGAAGGCGGUGACCAAGGCGCAGAAGAAGGACGGCAAGAAGCGCAAGCGCAGCCGCAAGGAGAGCUACUCGGUGUACGUGUACAAGGUGCUGAAGCAGGUGCACCCCGACACCGGCAUCUCGUCCAAGGCCAUGGGCAUCAUGAACUCGUUCGUCAACGACAUCUUCGAGCGCAUCGCGGGCGAGGCGUCGCGCCUGGCGCAUUACAACAAGCGCUCGACCAUCACGUCCAGGGAGAUCCAGACGGCCGUGCGCCUGCUGCUGCCCGGGGAGCUGGCCAAGCACGCCGUGUCCGAGGGCACCAAGGCCGUCACCAAGUACACCAGCUCCAAGUAAAUAGUGAGUUGGCUGCAAAUCGAAAACUAACGGCUCUUUU